CCCCUAGACACAACUACGACAACAUAACCAACAAAAACGGGUCACAACUCCUGCAGCUCUGUCGGACACUGGGUAUGUACAUUGUCAAUAGUAGGCUUUGAGGGGACUACUAUGGUAGAUACACCUAUAGCUCAUCUCUUGGCGGUAGUACUGUAUACUACUUUAUCACUGACCUCAACCCAGAGUCUCUUAGAGCGUUCACAGUCAGUCCACUGACACCCCUAUCAGAUCACAGCAAAAUCACACUCUACUUAAACAGAGCUAUGCUCAAUCAUGAGGAAUAAAAGCCAAAGGAACUGAAUAAUAUUAAGAAAUGCUAUAGACGGAAGGAAAGUAGUGUGGUAAUCUAUCAAAAAAACAACUAGGCAACAACAAAUUCAAUCCCUUCCAGACAAUUUCCUGGACAAAAUGUUUCACUGUAAUAUUGAAGGUGUAAACUUGGCAGUAGAAAACCUAAACAAACAACAAACAAACAACAACGCAAGUUAUCUAUCCAAAAUAGAGAAGUAUGGAUAAACAACUUCUCCAAUAUUUUUGGCUCUAUAACAAAGAACAAAGGACAAACAGCAAAAACAUAUACAUGAUCAAAAACAAAUCUUAGAAUCAACUAUUAAAUACUACCAGAACCCACUGGAUUCUCCAAUUACAUUGAAUGAACUGCAGGACAAACUACAAACCCUCCAACCCAAAAAGGCCUGUGGGGUUGAUGGUAUCCUAAAUGAAAUUAUAAAAUAUACAGACCACAAAUUCAAAUUAGCUAUACUUAAACUCUUUAACAUCAUCCUCAGCUUUGGCAUAUUCUCCAAUAUGUGGAACCAAGGACUGAUCACCCCAAUCCACAAAAGUGGAGACAAAUUUGACCCCAAUAACUACCAUGGGAUAUGCAUCAACAGCAACCUUGGAGAAAUCCUCUGCAUUAUUGUAACAGUAUAACUUUACGUCGUCCCCUCGCCCUGACACGGGUGCAAACCUGGGACCCUCUGCACACAUCAACAACGGUCGCCCACGAAGCACGGCCGUUACCCAUCGCUCCACAAAGGCCGUGGCCCUUGCAGAGCAAGGGGAAACCCUACUUAAGUCUCAGAGCAAGUGACGUAACUGAUUGAAAUGCUACUAGCGCGCACCCGCUAACUAGCUAGCCAUUUCACAUCCGUUACACUCACCCCCCUUUCGACCUCCUCCUUUUCCGCAGCAACCAGUGAUCCGAGUCAACAGCAUGAAUGUAACAGUAUAACUUUACGGCGUCCCCUCGCCCCGACACGGGCGCGAACCAGGGACCCUCUGCACACAUCAACAACGGUUGCCCACGAAGCAUCGUUACCCAUCGCUCCACAAAGGCCGCAGCCCAUGCAGAGCAAGGGGAAACCCUACUUAAGUCUCAGAGCAAGUGACGUAACUGAUUGAAAUGCUACUAGCGCGCACCCGCUAACUAGCUAGCCAUUUCACAUCCGUUACACUCACCCCCCUUUCAACCUCCUCCUUUUCCGCAGCAACCAGUGAUCUGGGUCAACAGCAUCAAUGUAACAGUAUAAUUUUACAUCGUCCCCUCGCCCCGACACGGGCGCGAACCUGGGACCCUCUGCACACAUCAACAACGGUCGCCCACGAAGCACGGUCGUUACCCAUUGCUCCACAAAGGCCGCGGCCCUUGCAGAGCAAGGGGAAACCCUACUUAAGUCUCAGAGCAAGUGACGUAACUGAUUGAAAUGCUACUAGCGCGCACCCGCUAACUAGCUAGCCAUUUCACAUCCGUUACAUUAUCAUUAACAGCAGGCUUGUACAUUUCCUCAGUGAAAACAAUAUACUGAGCAAAUGUCAAAUUGGCUUUUUAUCAAAUUACCGUACAUCAGACCAUGUGUUCACCCUGCACACCCUAAUUGAGGAACAAACAAACCAAAAACAAAGGUAAAGUCUACUCAUGCUUUGUUGAUUUCAAAAAUGCUUUCGACUCAAUUUGGCAUGAGGGCCUGCUAUACAAAUUGAUGGAAAGUGGUGUUGGGGGAAAAACAUACAACAUUAUAAAAUCCAUGUACACAAACAACAAGUGUGCAGUUAAAAUAGGUUAAAAAAACACACAUUUCUUUCCACAGGGCCAGGGGGUGAGACAGGGAUGCAGCUUAAGCCCCACCCUCUUCGACAUCAACAAAUUGUCGAGGGCACUAGAACAGUCUGCAGCACACGGCCUCACCCUACUAGAAUCUGAAGUCGAAUGUCUACUGUUUGCUGAUGAUCUGGUGCUUCUGUCCCCAGCCAAGGAGGGCCUGCAGCGGCACGUAGAUCUUCUGCACAGAUUCUGUCAGACCUGGGCCCUGAAUAGUACAUCUCAGUAAGACAAAAAUAGUGGUGUUCCAAAAAAGGUCCAGUUGCCAGGACCACGAAUACAAAUUCCAUCUAGACACGAUGCAUACCUCGGCCUAAACAUCAGCGUCACAAAUCUGACCUCUCCCCCCUGACCUCUGACCCAGUGCCCCCUGCUGGUGCGGACCACCUCUGAUCCUACCGUGAUGAGCGCGUGCGGCAGGAAGGCUCUGGCAUUGCUGAGCAGCGUGUUUGCGGUCAGCGGCCUGGGGCUUCUGGGAGUUGCGGUCUCUACAGACUACUGGCUGUACCUGGAGGAGGGGGUCAUCCUGCCCCUGAACCAGACCACUGACAUCAGGACCUCCCUGCACUCUGGACUCUGGAGAGUCUGCUUCCUGGCAGGUGAAGAGGCAGGUCGCUGUUUCACCAUAGAGUACAUCAUGCCCAUGAACUUACAGCUGACCUCUGAGUCCACCGUCAGUGUACUUAAGAUGAUUCGUUCAGCCACUCCGUUUCCUCUGGUCAGUCUGUUCUUCAUGUUCAUCGGCUUUGUGCUAAACAACAUCGGACACGUCCGACCUCAUCGCACCAUCCUGGCCUUUGUCUCCGGAAUCUUCUUCAUCCUCUCAGGUCUGGCUCUGGUGGUAGGUCUCGUGCUGUAUAUAUCCAGUAUUAAUGACGAGAUGUUGAACAGGACUAAGAGCAGUGAGUCCUACUUCAGCUACCGGUACGGCUGGUCCUUCGCCUUCGCUGCCAUCUCCUUUCUGCUCACUGAGAGUGCGGGCGUCAUGUCCGUCUAUCUGUUCAUGAAGCGCUACACAGCCGAGGAAAUGUACCAGCGCCACCACCCCGGCUUCUACCGGCCGCGCCUCAGUAACUGCUCUGACCACUCCGGUCAGUUCCUGCACCCGGAGACCUGGGCACGCGGACGCAGCCCCUCGGACAUCUCCAGCGAAACCUCGCUCCAGAUGAGCGCCAGCUACCCGGCCCUGCUCAAGUGCCCCGACUACGACCAGGUCUCCUCCUCACCCUGCUGAAGGGGUCAUCAGGUCAGGGCAGGUCGCCAAGGUCAAGGGUGAGAAGUCAUAGGUGAUGUUGCUUUUAGAUACUGAUCUAAGAUCAGCUUCCGUUUUUCUUUUUUGAGUUAUCUGGAAUCUGUGGAGAGUUGCAGGAAAGUUGCUGGGUGUGGAUAGAACCUCCCGCCUGCAUAGUUUACUGGGAGAUCAGUCCCAAUAGAUAUACAGGGAAGCCUCUGUCUCUUUAUUUUGUUGUUGUUCGUUCCCAUUGUGAUGCUGCGUCCUGGACCUUGUUUGAAAACUACUACCAGCCAUGAUUGCUGCUGAGGCAACAGUUGAUGCUGCUGUGCCACAUCUUACCUACAGAUGACAGCAAAGUGCAGAGUUUCUUCAGGAGUAUUCACGUCUCACGUAUUUUCUAUUAUAUCAGGAUACGCCACUGCUUAGUUAACUUGACGAGGACCAAACUAACAUUUACACAAAUGUUUGAACGGAAACAAUACAUGUCACUAUGUUAAAGCUGCAAUCAGCAGUUGAAACAAUAACAAAGUGAACUCCCCAUCCGUUUCAGUAAAAAGCGGGGGGAUGGGGCUGGUGAAAUGUAACCACUCUCAAAUUCAUAGACAGAGCUAUAGAUGCAAGGACUGGCCAUCCAUGAUAUCUAAAUUAUUGUUACCAUGUUUUGAAGGUAUAUAGUGUUUGUUUACAAACAUUGGAGUGAAGCAAGCUUUUAUUUUGGUUUCUGAUGGUUACGACAGUUGAACUAAGCACAUGAGGCAUUUGUAAUAUUAUAACAUCAUAUUCUUAAGGUCCAAAAAUGGAUGAAACAACUGCAGGUUACACCUUUAAAUGUGUUAAAUAGUGUAGUUUGCUUCAUGUUGGAGUUUUUAAAUUGAUGUGUCCCUGCUGGCUCACAGAUCUGCCAACAUUACGUUUUCAUGUUAUGGAAUCUCCCCCCAAACAAUGCUUUGUUUUUGUAUCAUGUAAAAAUGAAUUAUUUUUAAAGUAAUUGGUAUUUAGUCUGAGACAGAUUUUUAUACAUGCAUAUGUAGAACUGUUGUACAUUGUAUGAAUAUAGCAAACCAUUGUAAAACAAGUCAAAUGUGUAGUUGCUGCUUAAAAUGAUUAAUUCUGAGAGUCAGCUUCACGCCUUCGGCAUAGCAACUGUUGCAUUCAAACUGUACUGUACAAUAUCUGGAGAAUAUCUAAAUGUGGGAAAUAAAUAGACUUUUCAAAAUCUUUAUAAUGAAA